UUAUCAUUUCCGUUCUCUUCAGAUAAAUUGUCCAUCUAUAUUUAAACAAUAAAAUAUCUCCUUCUCUCAUGAAGCAUCGUUAUGUGCGUUUGUUUCCUUCAUGUUGUUCGAUAUUCGGAUAUUUCCGCUAAAUGAUUACUGUUGAGAUUCGAGUGUUUCCGUUAUGUAGCUAGAUAUUCGGGUGUUUCCGUUAAAUAAUUACUGUAGAGAUUCGGCUGUGGUUAGAGAUUCGUGUGUUUCCGUUUGUGGUUAGAGAUUCGGGUGUUUCCGUUAUAUAGUUAGAGAUUCGGGUGUUUCCGUUAUAUGGUUACUGUAGAGAUUCGUGUGUUUCCGUUUGUGGUUAGAGAUUCGGGCGUUUAAUAUUAGAAAUGAUACAAUGUUAGGCUUUCUGAUACAUCGUCCAGCUUUGAAUGUUAGUCUGGUCUUUGACAAUAUUAUCGUCAAGUUCACGUAAAAUCCUGUAUUUAAAACCGGACAAUAGUCGUACCCAUAUACAAAGUACAACCGCGUGGUUCCGUUCUAUUAAUGGCGCGUGACGAGGGUAUACUAUUAUAUCGUUAAAAUUGACAAAAACCUCUAUGCUGUAAAAAAACAACUGUUGCAGUGAUGUUGAUUGAAUAUUUACUGGGUUUUAAAACUUAAGAGGCAAGAAGAACGACAGCUUUAUUACAGUCAAUUAACUUAACAACUUUCGUUUUCGUUACUGGUGACUAAAGUAAAUGGCCGACCUGACAAUUCAGAUCUGUAUAUUAUAUAUCAAAACGUUAUUCUCUGAAAGGUUCAAUGGAUAAGUUAUAUAGUAACAGGAGGUUUCAGUAGAUAAGGAACUGACGCCUGUUUACAGAUAAGUCACCGUAACCAUGACCUCUAUAACCUGACGCUAUGGUGGAACGGAGUGUUGUCGUUGUCGUGGCGUUCCUACUUUCUGUAGUGGAGAGUUAUACAUUAAGGAAGCUCGGGUCAUUUCCGAUACCCUACCCCGGAUUUACCACUGUUUAUCCGAAACCCUCAGGGGAUGUUGACCUACUUAUAUCCACUUUUGAUCCGAUUCCAUUCUCCACGGAUACAGCUCAAAUUGUUCCCGGAAUUAGUCACUAUUUGAAGAGUGUAUCGUCCAUUAAACCUGCGGUCAUCACGGAUCACGUGACGUGGCCAAAUGAAGUUUCUGGAGUGCCAGAACACGUGUUCGGUCGACGAAUGGUAGCGAUUCCUCAAGGAUUUCUGGUACCAUUUAAGAACGAUGGCGCCAUAGCCCUGAUGGACAUAUCUACCACAACGCCAAAGGGGCCGUUCAAACUGACAGACGACAGCGACGGGAAGUGGUUUUACCACAGGGUCAUAUGGAAGGACAUGGACUCCGAUGGCGAUGACGAUGCAGUCACGUGUCGGGCUAGGGAACCAAUCAUUGGUAGUGACAAAGAGUUUGAGUUGCUAUGGCUCGAGAACAAAGGACAGCUGGACGGGCCUUGGACACCCCACGUGAUCGCCCAUGGUCCAGACAUAUUUAUGAGGAAUGUCACGUUGAUGACACCUAGUGGGCCAAAGGACUGCAUCAUUACAGCCCAAUACUUUACCCAGAGUCUGUCCGUCUACUGGACAGACAAUGUGACACAUUCUUGGACUAAUCUAUCACAGGUACAUUCCCGGGUGAUUGAUAACACCAUAGGGGGCGUUUUUGAGGUGGAAGUCGUGGACCUAAACGGGGACGGAAAACUUGACCUCCUUGUGUCAGAAAACGGCGAGAAAGGGGCCCUGUACGGGUUUGAGAUCCCCGUGGACUUCCGAACCGAUAACUUCACUCGGCACACCAUAGCACAAGGGUUUGCACCACGAAAGUCCGGAACUGGCAAGGGAGCUCCUGGGUCUCCAACUGCGGUGUUUCCGAACAAAAACGCAAAGCAGAAAGAAAAGCCGUCCAUUUUGUUGUCUGGAGACGAUGAAGGUACAGCAUUUUACCUGGAACCUCUGAGCGCCGACGCGUCGACGUGGACAUACAACCUGACGACGUUUUUACAAGCGGGCGACGGGACGGUCGGCCAGCUCAGCUACGCCGACGCCGACGGAGACGGCUACCAAGAAGUGUUUGUACCGUCCUACAGCACCAACGAAUUAUACGUCUUCACCUUCCAACCUUAGUAGGGCAUCGUUCACCGUCACGUGACACAGAUAGCCUAUAGACGGACUGGAGGAUCAACGUCUUCUAUUUCUGCUUUUUGGACUACGGGAUUCAUCAUUUGUGACAAGACGAAAUAUUGUAUUGAUAAAUGAUUCAUUCAGUUUUUAUUUUUUAUUUGUAGUUUUCGUGGAGGUUCUCGCGACAAGAAAAAGUUACAUAAAGCUAAGUUGUUUUAGUUUCA